CCCAUUAACGCCCAUCAGAUCACAACAUAUUUCGAGGACAACUCGUAAUUUAUCCACAAAAGCAGGGACCAUUAUGGAAAAUGGAAAUUCAUUCACGAUUCAGUCUAGCGCGAGUCAUCGCCGGUCACCGUAACCAAACCAAAAAACUCUCUUCGAUUUUCACUAUUCUGACCAUGGCUACAAAGCUUUAGCUCAUUGAAAAUUAACUAGUAGUAUUUCACUAUUUGUUGUCUCUUUAUUUCUGAAAUUGUAGCUAAUGGAAUCAAGAUCAAGGUUACCGUCUAUUUUACCCUACACGCUACUUCUGGUCGCAUUGAGUGGUCUCGCAACUCACUCCGAGUCUGCUCAACAAGCAUUCAAGAGAGAUCCCGGUCACCCUCACUGGCAUCACAGCGCCUUCCUCGACGUCCGCGACAGCGUCCGAUCCGAUGUUCGCCGCACGCUCCACACGCGUGCCGAGGUUCCCUUUCAGGUUCCACUGGAAGUGAAUGUUGUGCUAGUUGGUCUCAAUGGAGAUGGUGGCUAUCGGUACGCUGUUGAUGCACCGAAAUUGGAGGAGUUUCUGAGAAUGAGCUUUCCCUCUCAUAGACCUUCGUGUCUUGAGACUGAGGAGCCCCUUGAUAUAGAACAUCAUCUUGUUUAUAACACAUUUCCUGCAGGACAGCCUGAAUUGAUUGCGCUUGAGAAGGCACUUAAGGAGGCCAUGGUUCCUGCUGGUUCUGCAAGAGAGUUUGAUUUUGGAAGAGAGGUGCCCCUAUUUGAGGUGGAUGCAACAGCUGUAGAGCCAAUAUUCCAAAAGCUAUAUUCAUAUUUAUUUGACAUCGAAACUGAGGGAUAUUCUGCUAAAGAAAUGGAUAGACCUGCACCAACUGCUAUAUUUAUUGUUAACUUUGACAAGGUCAGAAUGGAUCCUAGGAAUAAGGAGGUUGAUCUUGAUAGUUUGAUGUUUGGCAAACUUACGCCGCUGACUGAUGAAGAUAUGAAAAAACAAGAGGGAGACUACAUUUAUAGAUAUCGAUAUAAUGGAGGAGGAGCGUCUCAAGUUUGGCUGGGCUCUGGAAGAUUUGUUGUGAUUGACCUCUCUGCUGGCCCUUGCACUUACGGAAAGAUUGAAACUGAAGAAGGAAGUGUCAGUCCAAGGACAUUGCCACGAAUACGCAGUAUGUUACUUCCAAGAGCUUUGGCUUCUGUUAGUGACCAUACUACCCAUGAUAAUUUCAUGGGGCAUCUUGCUGCUUUGGUGGCAACCACAGUUGAGCAUGUUAUGGCUCCAGAUGUUAGGUUUGAAACUGUUGAUCUGACCACAAGGUUGCUUAUACCUGUUAUUGUCCUCCAAAACCAUAACCGGUAUAAUAUUAUGGAAAAAGCUCAUAAUUACAGCAUAGAUAUUGAGGCAAUUGAAUCAGAGGUGAAGAAGUUGGUUCAUGAUGACCAAGAAGUGUUGAUUAUUGGGGGGUCACAUGCUUUGCACCAUCAUGAGAAGUUGGCUAUUGCUGUGUCAAAAGCUAUGCGGGGCCAUUCCUUGCAAGAAACGAAGAAGGAUGGACGCUUCCAUGUUCAUACCAAGACAUAUCUUGAUGGUGCCAUUCUUAAAGAAGAGAUGGAACGCUCUUCAGAUGUGCUUGCUGCAGGUUUGCUUGAAAUGGCAGACCCAUCUCUUUCAAAUAAGUUUUUCCUUCGCCAGCAGCACUGGAUGGAUGAAUCCGAGGGUUCAACUGAUUCAGUUCUGAAGCAUAAACCUCUAUGGGCUACUUACAACUCGAAAAGUGGCAAGGAUAAGAAAAAGAAAAAACAGAAGAAAAAAGGGGAUCUGCAUCCAACUUAUGGAACUAGAGUUAUUCCCGUCUUUGUUCUAUCAUUGGCUGAUGUGGAUCCACAACUUAUGAUGGAGGAUGAAAGCCUUGUUUGGACCAGCAAUGAUGUUGUCAUAGUACUUGAGCAUCAAAGUCAAAAAAUACCUCUGAGUUAUGUUUCUGAAACCGAGAGAAGGCAUGCUAUUCCAUCACAGGCACAGCGCCACAUUUUAGCAGGGCUUGCUUCUGCUGUGGGUGGGUUAAGUGCACCAUAUGAAAAGGCUUCUCAUAUACAUGAAAGGCCUGUUGUGAAUUGGCUCUGGGCUGCUGGUUGUCACCCGUUUGGUCCAUUCUCAAAUACAUCUCAAAUCAGUCGAAUGCUUCAGGAUGUUGCACUAAGAAACACGAUUUAUGCACGUGUAGAUUCUGCUCUCAGAACCAUUCGUGAUACAUCUGAGGCUGUCCAAUCUUUUGCUGCUGAAUAUUUAAAGACUCCACUUGGUGAACCUGUGAAGGGAAAGAAGAACAAGUCAACUACUGAACUAUGGCUGGAGAAGUUUUACAAGAAAACAACAAACCUGCCCGAACCUUUCCCACAUGAAUUAGUUGAGCGAUUAGAGAAAUACUUAGAUAACCUUGAGGAACAACUUGUUGAUCUUUCUUCUAUGUUAUAUGACCAUCGACUGCAAGAUGCACAUUUGAAUAGUUCAGACAUCCUUCAAAGCACCAUGUUUACCCAGCAGUAUGUUGACAAUGUUUUGGCCAGUGAGAGGGAGAAGAUGAGAUGCUGCAAUAUUGAAUUCAAAUAUCCUGUACAUUCUUCUCAAACUUUUGUCUAUGGAGGAAUUCUUCUCGCCGGGUUCUUUGUAUAUUUCAUCGUCAUUUUCUUUUCAUCACCCCCUGCUCACUGAUUACAAACCAGACGCUUACCUGGAAAUCGCAUGACAUUCGAAGGUGAGCUUGCUCUAAUCUUUAGGAAACACAUGCAAAUAGAUAAAUGUCAGUGAGAAAAAAAAAGGAAAGAAAGAAGAAAGUUCUGUAAAACUAGCGUUUCUUUGCUGCAAUUACCACCACAUACUAUAAAAAAUAGUUGAAUCGUGCUACAACUUUUGUUUAUUUGGUUACCCUGAAUUUAGUUAUUUUGGUUAAAAGUUUAUGGUAGUGAAGCGAAUCAUACUUUUAUCA